AUGCUUGAACGCCAGUACUUUGAGCACCCACGGUGCCACAUACUUCGGCGCAAUCAUGGCAACACUGGGCCCGUUGCCGGCCCUCCCUCCUCUGUUCCUCAAACAGGGGAGGCAGUGAGCGAGCAAGGAACGGGCUUCAUGAGCGAUGAGAAGAAGGCCAUCCCGAAGCGAUCCGUUUCCGCGCUCAUGUUGCUAGGUAUCAUGUACACUUACACGACGUCAGGGGCCUAUGCAAUUGAGGAAACCGUGCUGGGUGGGGGACCGCUUCUUACCCUCGUUGCCGUCACUUUGAUUCCGAUUUUGAUGGCAGUGCCUACUGCAGCAGUGGUUGCUGAGCUCGCGGCUUCAGUUCCAUCCAAUGCCGCCUACUUGAUGUGGAUCAAUAUUUCCUUUCAUCGUGUGGUCUAUUUCACGAUGGUGAUUCUGUCCCUAUUGCUCAUGUUCAUUGAUAACGCGCUUUAUCCAGUGCUCUUUUCCGACUAUGUAUGCGCAGCGGUCACCUGCACAACUGUAACAAACAGAGCGCUUCGAGCUGGUAUGUUGUUUCUGACGUACGUCUUGAACAUAUUGGGGAUACAAGCAGUCGGCAUGACCAGCAUUAUGCUGACUGUCAUCACCAUUAUUCCGUUUUUGGUGAUGUUCACCAUGUUCCUUGCGAACAAUGCGUUUUACUUGAACUGGCCAGCUAUAAGUUACGUUCCGUCUACAAUUGAUUGGCCAACCUUUAUUACUACGGCAUCAUGGAAUCUUUGCGGUCUAGAGCAGGCAGCCUCGGUCUCUGAGGAGGUUAAGGCCCCGGAUCGCACUAUUGUUCGUGCGCUUUUCCCGCUUUUGGGGCUCGCUUUCCUCACCUAUAUUCCCCCUAUCUUGACAGGCGCCAGUGUGAAGAAAGGACCACCUCUCCUAUCAGAAUGGACGACAGGGUACUGGUCAGUUGUUGCUGAGAAGAUCGGUGGAAGUCCGUUGCAGGUUUUUCUGGUUAUUGGCAGCGGCUUUUCAGCAUUCGGACUGAUGCUCUCGUCUCUGUGCACGACGACGCAGACCAUCGCUGGCGUUGCAUUCACGGAAGUCUUCCCAGGGCCAGUGAAUCGUAUUUUGUACCGGCGCAAUGAGCGUUUCGGCACGUAUCAUUGGACAACAACGAUCAACGCCCUGAUCACGGGCCUCUUCAGUGUGUUUUUUGAUUUCGGUCCGCUUGUGAAAACCGACCAGGUUCUGUACGGCAUACGCGUGGUGCUGAUAUUUCUGUCCUUUUUCAUCAUACGCUACCGUUACCCACAUCUGAGUCGUCCGUUCAGACUGCCUCUUGAGGGGUACAAGCUUGGUGUGUUGCUCAUCCCAACGCUUCUGUUUGUGGCACUGACUGUGGUGGCGACAAUGGAGGAUGUUCAGACGGUCAUCAUAAAUAUCUCCGUGGUAGCCGGCACUAUUUUGCUGUCGUUUAUUUACUGCUACUUGAUUCGCAAAGGAGAAUUUUACGGUCGCGUGGUGACGGAGGCGGUCGAUGAGCGGGAGGACGAUUGA